UCUCUCUUCCUCACAUUGUUCUUAAUAUCUUGCCGCUGUCGGAACAGUCUAUUCAGUUUCCAUCCAGUUAGCAAAGUAUUCACAUUUGUGCACAACGCGACGAAGAAUCAUUCUGAAAGCAACCGGCAUUUUCUGUAAAUUGUCAGUGGAACUAAUAUAUAUACAUUAAUAUAAUCAGUCAAGAUGGCAAGUGCUCAAUAUUAUCACGUACAGUGUACACCCACCGUAUAUCCGGCCGAUCCCUUCAAUGCUGAAGAAGAUGCCACUCUCUUACGAACCGCCAUGAAGGGAUUCGGGACCGACGAACAGACAAUCAUCGACGUUUUGGCUCAUCGAGGCAUCGUCCAACGAUUGGAGAUCGCCGACAAAUUCAAGACGAUGUACGGCAAGGACCUCGUCUCCGAGCUGAAGUCGGAAUUGUCCGGAAAUUUCGAGAAUGCCAUCUGCGCCCUGAUGACACCUCUUCCUGAACUGUAUGCAAAAGAAUUACACGAUGCCGUUUCCGGUAUGGGUACCGACGAAGGCGCACUUAUCGAGGUUCUGGCGUCUUUGAGCAAUUACGGUAUCAAGACGAUAUCGGCUGUUUACAAGGAAUUAUACGAUAAAGAAUUGGAGGACGACCUCAAGAGUGAUACUUCCGGUCACUUCAAGAGGCUUUUGGUAUCGUUGUCCUGCGCCAGUAGAAACGAGAAUACUGACGUCGAUGAAGAGGCCGCACUUCAGGAUGCCGAGAAACUUCUCAACGCGGGUGAAGGACAAUGGGGUACCGAUGAAAGCACUUUCAAUGCAAUUCUCAUCACUAAGAGUUAUCCACAAUUGCGAAAAACUUUUAAGGAAUACGAACGUAUCGCCGGGGACAGUUUGGAACACGCUAUUAAGCGAGAAUUUUCCGGUGCUAUCGAGGACGGUUAUUUAGCUGUGGUGAAAUGCGCUCGCGACAAGACUGCUUAUUUUGCGGAAAGACUAUACAAAGCUAUGCGCGGAUUUGGUACCACCGAUUCGACAUUAAUACGCAUAAUUAUAACACGAUCGGAGAUCGAUUUGGGCGACAUUAAAGAGGCUUACGAAAGACUUUAUGGAAAAUCUCUUGCAGAAGCGAUCGAUGACGACUGUUCAGGCGACUACAAGAGACUCUUGCUUACUCUUCUCGGAUGAAAAUAUUUCGAUAGUACGCAACACUCCCUUAUAUUGAAAACCUACUUCAGUGUCCCGGAAAUUAUAUAUAUCAUAUAACGUUUUGUUACAUUCUACAAAGACAUUGGUUAAUUUAGUUUAUUAUAUUUUGUUGGUCGUUAAUAGUGAAUAUAGUAUUAUUCGUGUUAUUUAUAUUUUGCGCUUUAUCAGAGUAAUACAACAUCUGAAAAACGUUAUUAUAACAAGAGAGUAUUAUUUAUAAUAUAACAAGAGAGUGUUAUUUAUAAAAUAACAACGUGAGUUUCUGUAAAGAUCGAAAAUUAAAAUUCGAUCUAUUGAUUGGCACUGUAUACUAGCACAAGUAAAUUGUUGAUCGAAACGAAAAAUUUGUCCCUCUUUGCACUAAUACUAUUAAUUACUACCCAUCUCUGACUGCAUGCACGCUUGUAUCAGUAACAUGUACAUAAAUACAUAAAUGUCUA